AUGUCUGGAUUAAACGCAUCUCUUGGAUACUUUGUGGUAGUUGUGAUAUCUGCUAUUCUGAUUCGGAUCCUCACAAAGAAAUGGCCUCGUUUUAGUUUUAUGUUGGAGUUUGCGUCUUCAUUCAUGCUGGUGGGGUGUUUGCUGGAGGUGCAGACUAUAGUAGAAGUGGGUGAAUGGGCAGGUGGUCUUGGUAAAGAUGUGACUGUGACCAUGUUGUUUGUGCUGCUUUUGAGCCAUGGGAUCAUCUGUGGGGCAGCCUCAGGAAACCCCUCUGUGUCUCUACAGAAGUACCUGCAGAUGGAUACCUCUACACUGACCACUCUGCUUGCUCUUGUUGUUCAGUUUCUUGGCUCUCACCUGGCCAUUUUAGUGGCUAUUUCCUACUGGGGACUGGAGCUGUCAGACAUGCAUAUGAUCAAGAAUCUAAUGGCCAGUGAAUGCAGCACAUCUCUGAAGGUGUCUCUGGUGCAGGGUUUCUUCACAGAGUUUGUUUGUGCUUUGGUUUUACACUUCAUCCUCCUCAGUCUUCGGCGGCGGUCUGCUCUGAUCCGUAUACCUCUGAUUGCUGUGCUGCUCACUUUCCUGUCACAUUCGGCCAGAAACUACACGUCAGGGUUUGUCAACCCCUCCUUGGCCUAUGGACUUACAUUCCACUGUCCAGGUUUCAGCUAUUUACAAUAUGCCCUGGUCUACUGGAUCAGCUCUGUCACAGGUAUGAUGCUGGCCCUGUUCCUAUUUAUGGGCCAUAUACCAAAACUAUUUUCCAAGAACCUCCUCUAUUCUCAGAAGAAAGGAUUCAGAGCCCCAAAGGCAGACAAAGGAGAAAAAAAGAAAAAAUAA